AUGGAUGAAGUGCCCGUUUUCAGAGUCGCGAAGCGCAGAAAGUUCACUCGUCCACGGGAGGACGUUUCGCCCGACUCCGUACAGCAGCCGCCAGCUCUUAGUGCCGACGAGAGGGCGGAGCCAACGCUAGAAAGUAACGACAAUGAUCACGAAGAAGCUGGCUCUGGAAUUUCAACCCUGAUACGAUCAAGGAAGCAUAUCCGGAAGCCUGUUACUGGCGUCCAGUUCUCAAAUAUGAAGGCGGUUCAUCAAGAAGACCCCAGCCCGUCAACAGAGCUGGUAAGAUCUGACGAGAGCGAAGCGAAACCUAUCGACAUCACGGGCCGCUUCGUGGGUAGCACUGGCCAAGCAGUUAAUGUCGACAAGCAUAUGGUGGCAUUCAUAGAUUCAGAAUUAGCUAGGAGACGCAACACACCUGUUUCCAGUGUACAACGGCGUCCAGCCGACGGCUCCGAGCAGGAUUCUACCGCCUCCAACGACAAAAGUCCCCCGGACGAGAAGAAGUCUUUAGCCAAUGCGACUGUUGCUCGUCCAUUAGCCGAAGUUGACCUGGGCACAUCCGCCCACCACCUCAAUCUUGCCCGCACGCAAGCUGCACUCGAACGUGUCAAGGCAGGUCAAGCUCCCAUUGAGGAUGAUGUCAAGCCACCAAAGCCUCGAAAACCGCGUCUUGGCCGAGACGGCAAGCCAAUGAAACCACGACCGAGAAAGCGACGGAACAGCGAAGACCUUGCUCGUGAUGCCCUUGUCGAGCAGUUCCUGCACGAGAACAAGAUCGAUAUCUACGACACGAGUACACCAGAACCCACAAAUGUCACUAGACGAGAUGGUGAAAGUGGAGAAGGCGUUGACGCUGAUGAUGAUGAGCAAUUCGCCGAAAGGUUUCGCCAGGAGUUCAUGGACGCAAUAGCAGAAAGGAGGAGUAAGACCAAGACCACCACUCAGGCAAAAGGUGCCGCCGCGACGGAAUCGAGAGGUCCGAAGUUGGGAGGCAGUCGGAGCGCGAGGGCCAAGAUGGCGCAGAUCCAGCAGCAGCAACAACAAUCAGGAGCCUCAUCAAGCAAGAAAUGA